GCCGCGGGCCAGCGGGCAGCGCGGGAGGCGCCGCCCCCGGCGUGGGGCUCAGCCGACACCCCCCCGUCGACGGUUCACUCGGCGGACACCGCUAUAUAGCCGAGGGGCGCUGCCCCCUCCCCGCCCCACACGGCCUCUCGGCGGCGGGCCGCUCCGUCCGCCCCCUCCUGCCUGCCCCGCUGCCUGCCUCCCCCGCGGGGCCAUGUCCACGAGUUCCAGCAGCGACGUGGAGGAGCUGCCCGCGAUGGCCCUGCGGGCGCUGCAGCUGCGAUACCCACCGCCGGCCAAGCGCCGGGCCCGCGGCGAGCUCUACCCGCCGGGGGACGACUCCUCGGCGGCGGAGGAGGAGGAGGAGGAGGAAGAAGAAGAGGAGGAGGAAGAGGGAGUGGGCUGCUACGCGGCAGGGGCGGUGGGCAGCGGCUGCAAGAGGAAGCGGGCGCAAGGCGGCGGUCCCGGAGGCAAGAAAGCGGCUCCGGGACCGCGAGGGUCGCCGCCCGAGGGCAAGCAGUCGCAGCGUAACGCGGCCAACGCGCGGGAGCGGGCGCGGAUGCGGGUGCUGAGCAAGGCGUUCUCCCGGCUGAAGACCAGCCUGCCCUGGGUGCCCCCCGACACCAAGCUCUCCAAGCUGGACACGCUGCGCCUGGCCUCCAGCUACAUCGCGCACCUGCGGCAGCUGCUGCAGGAGGACCGCUACGAGACCGGCUACGCGCAUCCCGUCAGCCUGACGUGGCCAUUUGUGGUUUCAGGAAGACCUGACUCUGACACCAAAGAAGUUUCUACUGCCAGCAGAUUAUGUGGAACUACUGCAUAGUCAAAGCAAACUGCCUUUUUUGUUGUUGUUGUU